CCCUUCUUCCUUCCUUUUUUCCUUCCCUGCUUCCAUCCCUAUAUCCACAUACCCUUCCCUCCUUCCUUGCCCUGCUGCCUUGGGCCCCCCAUCCCUCCCUCCUGAUGCCCGGGGUCGGGGCCAUCGGGGCCCGCUGCCACCACCACCGUCCGAGGAGGCUCCUCCGGGGGAAGGAGGAGGAGGAGGAGGAGGGCUGGCGCUACCAGUUCGGGCUGCUGGUGCUGGGGGACCCGGCGGUGGGCAAGUCCUGCCUUCUGCGCCGCUUCGCCCAGGGACGCUUCCUCCCGGAGGAGAGCCAGCCCCAGCCCCCCUCCACCCUCAGCCCGGACUCCUUCGUCCGCAGCCUCCAGCUCCAGCCCGGGACCACCAUCCGCCUCCAGCUCUGGGACACCGCCGGACAGGAGAGGUUCAGAUCAAUGACACGUUCCUAUUACCGGAAUUCGGUGGGGGGCUUGCUGGUAUUUGACAUCACCAAUCGGUCUUCUUUUGAACAUGUCUACGACUGGCUGGACGAAGGUAAAACGCACGCCGAGCCCUUCCAGAUUGUGUUCAUCUUGGUGGGGCACAAAUGCGACUUGGAGGCCGAACGUCAGGUGAAGAGAGAGGAAGCAGAAGAACUGGCAUCCAACUGUGGCAUGAGAUACAUAGAAACGUCUGCCAAAGAUGCCACCAAUGUGGAAGAGUCCUUUACAAUUCUCACAAAAGACAUCUACGAACUUGUCAAGAGAGGAGAUAUUUCAGAGCAGGAUGGUUGGGAAGGGGUGAAAAGCGGCUUUGUCCCAAAGCUUGCACAUUCCCCAGAGAAGGCUGGAGACCGAUGUCCCUGCUAAACUGUUUGUGUGCCAAAGAGCCAUAGAGUAUAUCAUGUAUUUUGAGAAUAUGGCCUGUGUAUCUCAAAGUUUGCUUGUGAAGAUACAUGGGUAAGUGAUGUAUGGCUUCUGAACCAUACUCCUGAGAUACUUAUGCAUGACUUGCCUGUAAGAUCCUAUAAGGAUCCUGAGAUUCUCAGUCUUUGUUUAAAAAGCUAAGAAAGCUUAGAGUAGCUAAAUAGUGGAUGGAUUAAAAAGAGAUUUUAAAAAAGAAAGAUUCAGGUACAAAAAAGAAGUCUGAAUUCUUUGUUUCUCAAGGUUUGUGGUCAGAUUUCUAAGUGAAUAUAUCAAGAUUUUGUAAAGGCUGACUCACAUCUAUUCAGCCUCUGUUGCUGAUAACUUUUCAGAAUGUGCAAACUAUGAAUGCUGUUGUGCAUAAUGCGGCAUGUCCACUGCCUGUAGUUUGACACCCACGUGUGCAUGAAAAUGAUGUGCAAAUUACAGAAAUUGCAUGCAGAGCGGGAAAAUAUAUAAUUCUGUAAAGAAUCCUCCCCCCAGUAAUGUUCAGUUAAAUCCUCAGUGCUACUCACGUGACAUAUACCUACAUGGGACCAGUAAUGUUCAGUUAAAUCCUCAGUGCUACUCACGUGACAUAUACCUACAUGGGACCAGUAAUGUUCAGUUAAAUCCUCAGU